CGUUUAUCAGUAAAAUGUUCUGCAUUACGUAUCACUAUCAACGUUUAGUAAGAAAAGAUAAAACGAUAAGGUGAAUGUUACUACUCACAAAUCCAUUGCAUUAGUGAGUGGUCUUGAAAAAAAAUCUAAUUGGUUUUUCUUAGUGUUGUGGUUUGUGUUCUUUAUUCAAAAUGCGUGGAAUUGUUCAUGUACAAGCUGGCCAGUGCGGUAAUCAAAUCGGAUCCAAGUUCUGGGAAGUAAUAUCGGACGAGCAUGGGGUGGACCCGCAGGGUGUAUACAGAGGCGAGAACCCUUUACAACAGGAACGAAUUGACGUUUACUACAAUGAGGCUUCCAGUGGUAAAUACGUCCCGAGAGCUGUGUUGGUCGAUUUGGAACCUGGAACGAUGGACGCGGUUAGAGCGAGCCCGUACGGUGCUCUCUUCAGACCGGACAACUUCGUGUUUGGGCAGAGUGGUGCUGGCAACAAUUGGGCUAAAGGACAUUAUACAGAAGGCGCUGAAUUGGUGGACUCUGUACUUGAUGUGAUAAGAAAAGAAGCGGAGAACUGCGACUGUUUACAAGGUUUUCAAUUGACCCACUCGCUGGGCGGUGGGACAGGCUCCGGCAUGGGCACCCUUUUGCUCAGCAAAAUCAGAGAGGAGUUCCCCGACAGAAUCAUGAACACAUUCAGCGUUGUACCCUCGCCCAAGGUGAGCGAAGUAGUCCUCGAGCCGUACAACGCCACAUUAUCCGUUCAUCAGCUGGUUGAGAACACGGAUAUGACCUUCUGUAUCGACAACGAAGCCCUAUACAAUAUAUGCUUCAGGACGCUCAGGCUCAGCAGCCCGAGCUACGGGGACUUAAACCAUCUUAUAUCGAUGACGAUGUCUGGGGUGACCACAUGCCUUCGGUUCCCGGGACAACUGAACGCGGAUCUGAGGAAAUUAGCUGUCAAUAUGGUGCCAUUCCCGCGGCUACACUUCUUCAUGCCAGGUUUUGCUCCACUCACAGCUAAAAAUUCCUUCAACUACAGGCCACAAACAGUCCAGGAACUAAUGAGUCAGAUGUUUAACCCGGGCAACAUGAUGACGGCAGCAGAUCCUCGACGCGGGAGAUACCUGACCGUGGCCACCAUGUUCCGGGGACACAUGUCUAUGAGGGAAGUGGACGAUCAGGUGCUCAAUGUGCAGAACAAGAACAGCAGUUAUUUCGUGGAAUGGAUUCCUCACAACCUCAAAGUAGCGGUGUGCGAUGUGCCUCCGCGUGGACUCAAAAUGUCGGCUACAUUCAUAGGCAACUCCACCGCCAUACAGGAGAUCUUCAAGCGGAUUUCGGAGCAGUUCACCGCUAUGUUCCGUAGACGGGCUUUUCUUCACUGGUAUACCGGAGAAGGUAUGGAUGAGAUGGAGUUCACAGAAGCCGCUAGCAACAUGAGCGACCUCAUUUCAGAAUACCAACAGUAUCAGGAAGCCACCGUGGAUGACGACGAGGUAGAAUUUGAAGACGAAGAAGAAAUCGACAACAGCCAGUACGCGAGGGACGCUCAGGCAGAAGUUCAUUAGAUCUUUAAAUCAUUCAUUACAAUCAGGGUUUUCUGGUAUGUCGGGCGCCAGGUGGCAACACUGAAACGAAAGGUCUACUCAUCCGUCAAAUCACCCAUGUCUUUAUAGUCUAUGGAUCAAUUUAAAGGCAGAAAUAUACUUAUGUGUCGUGUUUCGUUGUGACGCAUCAGAGAGCUAUCGGUUUCAUACAUUUAGUACGGUUAGAGAGAAGGAGAACGAUCGCUGUAGAAUAUAGUGUCCCAGAAAUAUGGACA